AUGAGCGAAGAAAUAGAUAAGCAUGUGCUGCGUCGGUUCGAGAUUUGCCAGAAACUCGGCAAAGGGGCAUACGGCGUCGUCUGGAAGGCCAUCGAAAAACGUACUCGUCAAGUCCUGGCCCUGAAGAAGUGCUUCGAUGCCUUCAGAAACGCCACCGAUGCUCAGCGUACGUUCCGGGAGAUCAUGUACCUGCAAGCUCUGGCUGGACACGACAACCUAAUUAGACUCCAGCAUGUAGUAAAGGCUGAAAAUGGGCGAGACAUCUACCUUACCUUCGACCACAUGGAGACAGACCUCCACGCCGUCAUUCGAGCCAACAUUCUGGAGGAGAUCCACAAGAAAUACAUCAUCUACCAGUUAGUGAAAGCGCUUAAAUUUAUGCACUCAGCUGAUCUCCUGCACCGAGAUAUCAAGCCUAGCAAUCUGCUUCUUAAUAGCGAUUGCCACGUGAAGUUGUGCGACUUCGGUCUGUGCAGAAACAUCGCCGAGACAGCUGGGCCUCAACCACACUUGACGGAUUAUGUCGCGACUCGUUGGUAUCGGGCCCCUGAGAUUUUGCUCGGGUCGCCUCGCUACACGAAAGGAGUCGACAUGUGGGCGGUUGGGUGCAUUCUGGGAGAAAUGUUGAGUGGCAGGCCAACUUUUCCUGGGACUUCCACGAUGAAUCAGCUGGAAAAAAUAAUGGAAUCUACCGGACGGCCUUCACCGGAGGAUGUCCAGUCCAUCAAAUCUCCGUUCGCCGGGACCAUGCUCGAAUCCAUCCCACCAACCCGACAAAUAUCCUUGAACGAGGUUUUUUCUAGCGCGUCGGCGCAGGCUCUGGACUUGAUGUCCCAAUGCCUGCAAUUCAACCCCGACAAGCGCGUCCGUGCUGCUGACGCCCUCAAGCACCCGUACGUUGCCGAGUUUCACAACCCAGACGACGAGCCCGACUACCCACACGGGGCAAUUCAGAUUACUAUCGACAAGGGUGUUGUCGACGACAACACCAAGUUGUCUGCUGCUGACUAUCGAGAAAUGCUUUACAAAGACAUCAACAACAGGCGAAAGGAGGCUCGUCGCGCGGAACAAGCUCGACAAUCAUCCGGGCGUGCCACGGCACCUGUUAACGAGAAGACAGCGUGA